AUGGAGUCAAAUAUCUUACACAAAUAUGAAAAGGGAGCGCCCCCAAGGCUCCAACCUCGGCCCCAUUCUUUGGAAUGUAGUGGCGGAUUCAGCCUUAAAAUACAAUUCGAAGAAGGGGUUGAAAUACAAGCAUAUGCGGAUGACUUUAUAAUAGUCAUAGCAGGAGGAAACAGACUAAGAUUAGAAGAUAAAGCCCAUAAAGCACUGGAUAAAAUUCAUAAGUGGAGUCAGAAUUAUAAAUUAAAAUUUAGCAUUGAAAAAACAAAAUUAAUGCUGUUCCCCAAAGGGAAUAAGCUCCACCGUUCACCCCCAAGAAUAAAGUGGAAUAACAUCCCAAUCCCCAGAUGUGAAACUCUAAAAUAUUUGGGGUUCACGCUAGACCAGAAACUAACAUGGAUACCCCACCUGGGGGAAAUAAGAGAAAAGACCCUAAGUUUAAUUAACAGUCUUAAUAGAAUGGUCACACAUAGAUGGAACCUAAAGGGAAAACUACUAAAGACCCUCUACCUACAAGCGGUAGAAAGAAUGGUACUAUAUGGAUGUCCCAUAUGGUACACAGGUACAGAGAGACAGAAACAAAAGCUUAGCCAAAUACAAAGAAUAGCACUUCUGUGCAUAACAAAGGCCUUUUCAACGGCCCCGACAUCGGCCCUACAGAUCCUAGCAGGAAUCCUCCCCUUAGACUUAAAAGCGAAAAUGGAGGCAGGCAUAUAUCGCCUACACCACUACAAAGAAAAUCUCCAAAUAGGAGACGUAAUAAUAUGGGCACAAGAAAUAGAAGAAAGAAUUCCGACAAUAGGGGAACACCCAGCACUAACACAGAAGGUUAGAUGGUACAAAGACCCCCCAGAAGACAAGGAGAUAGAAGCGUUCACCGACGGGUCCAAAAAGGACAACAGAGUAGGAGCAGCGUUUGUAAUAUACAAGAACUCCCAAGAAAUUAUGAGCAAACAAAUAAGAUUAAAUGACGAAGCGACAGUCUUCCAAGCGGAAGUUGUGGCUCUAAAGGAAGUCUGUAAAUGGUUAAGCCACAAUGCAGACAGCAAUACCCCAAUUAAAAUCUUCACAGAUAGUCAAAGCUCAUUACAGAGUUUAAACAAAAUAAGGAUUACAAGCUCAAGCAUUAAAGCGUUUAAGGAGAUUAUCUGCACUCUCCAAGAAACGCACAACACAGUCCUCAAUUGGGUCAAAGCCCAUGAAGGAACAAAAGGCAACGAGAGAGCAGACGAAGAAGCAAAAAGGGCAACCGAAAGAGACACAAUAGAUAUAGGCGGUUCCAUUGUCGGAACUAGCUGUAAAACAUAA